AUGCUGACAAGGCUUCUCGUCGCCUUUGCGGCAGCAGCCAGCGCAUUCAGCGGCUGCAACAAGAACAACGAUAACAAGACCGUGGCCAAAAAUAUCACCGCCCUGGCCCCGGCCCAGCCUCAGACCAAGAUCCUCAUCACCGCCAAGGGCACUAUGUACAUUGCCAAGCUUACCGGCCAUCCCACCCCCGCCAAGGGCACUAUGUACAUUGCCAAGCUUACCGGCCAUGGCUGCUUUGGAUGGCGGCUAAAACCGAGUAGGAAUAGAGCCUGGACCUGA